AUGUUUUACAUUUUAUCAAGAUAUAUCAAUUUACCAUUGUGUGAACGAAAUACACAAAAAAUUUUUAAUUUUAUAAAUAUUAGAAAAAAUUCAUUAUGGUGGAAAUGCCAAGAAUCAAGAAUAGAAUACUCUUGUUUUAAAAUAAAUACGCCUUUAAAGUAUCAUACAUCAAAUAAAGUACGACGACUUAUCGAUUCAUUCAAUGAUGAAAGAAACAAAUUAAUGACCGUAUGGCCCAAUAUUGUUAGUGAAUUGACAGAAGAAAAUAAUGAAGAAUUACUAGACGUUAACAAAUGGAUAACAGAGGUAUUGGAAUAUAAUGUUCCGAAAGGAGGAAAACGAAGAUCAGUAUCGUUUGUAAUUGCAUGUAAAUUGCUGGCAUCUCAAGAUCAAUUAACGGAAGAAAAUAUUCGUUUAGCUCAUAUCUUAGCCUGGUGUAUAGAAAUAAUGCAAGCAGUUCACACAAUGGCAGAUGAUAUUUUAGAUCAUGCAAACAUGCGACGAAAUCAACCAGCCUGGCAUGUAAAAAUUGGAUUAUUUGCAGUUAAUGAUAUUUUACUUAUAGAAACAUGUAUAUACAAGCUUAUUCAGAAAUAUUUUAAAUCGAAAAAUUGUUAUGGAGAUAUCAUGAAUACAUUCUUGAAAUAUCAUAGAAAAGCAGGAUAUGGUGAAUGUCUAGAUAUAUUGACAUCGACACAUUGGAAGAAAAAUUUCAAUUUUGAUCUUUUUUCCAUGGACCGAUACAAUACUAUAAUAAAAUAUAAAACAUCUUAUUUCUCAUUUGUACUUCCAUUCAUUCUUGCUAUGCGUUUCACUAGCAUAAUUGAUCCAGAAACAUAUAAGCAAGCAGAAAAAAUUUUGCUAAAUAUAGGACAUCUUUUCCAAAUACGAGAUGAUUAUUUAGAUUGUUACGGUAAACGUGAUGUCAUAGGGAAAAGUGGAACUGAUAUACAAGAAGGAAAAUGUACAUGGCCCUUAGUAGUUGCAUUGCAGCGAGCUACAGCCGAACAAAAAAAAAUUUUAAAAGAAUGUUAUGGAAUAGCUGAUGAAGAAAAAGUAAAACGUGUAAAACAAAUUUAUGAAGAGAUUGGUAUAUCAAAUAUCUAUUUGGAUUAUGAAGAAGAAACGCAUAAUUUAUUGAAUACAUAUACACAGCAAUUAUCUUCGAAACUUCCGACUGAAUAUUUUUUAUACUUACUUGCUACAUCAUGCAGUAAAGUAGGACGAAAAGAUUAAUUGUAUAAGAUAUUAGUUGUACAAAAAAUGUUGGAACACAUCCAGAAAUUGCUAAGAUAGUUUCAAACAAUAUUUUCGUAUGCAAAAAUUUUUGUUACUUUUUGUUAUUAAUGAAUUAUUAACGAAAGAUAAUGUUGGCUAUGUGCCGUCAAUUAAGAAACAACAAAUUGAAGGAACAUGUCAAAGAAACUGUGUUAUAUAAUAAAUAUUUUUUAUUGAUAAAAAAUACAUAUUUGGAAUAAAAAAUAAAUAAUUAUAUUACAUGAA